AUGCUUGCCUGGUUGUAUUUUUCAGGCCAUGGCUACGAAAAUCAAGAUGUGGCUCUAGGAUGGUAUCCCAACAUUCGAAGUGAGCAUGCAAUUGACAGUGAAGGCAGUUUUGUGGCAACUAUUCUACACAAUUUGGUAGAUCUACCAAAUAAUAGUAACUCCAGUCGGAUAGUUGCUUUGAAGAACCACUUGGCAAUCUUUCAGGAGAUGCUCAACUUCUUGAGAGCCAAUAUCAUCUGUGUGCCGAUACAAGAUCUUCAGUUUCUUCUUCAAGAUAUCGACACUGUGGUUAUUGAUGUUGGACUUCUGGUUUAUUCGUUAUAUGAAGAUGAGGAGGAGAAGGAAGACGAGGCACUGCGAGAAGGGAACCCUUCACUAGUUCUUGAUUCGUCAGGCAACAUUCAACGUAUAAACACAAUGAUCUACCUUACCAUUCGGAAGGCAUUUCAAUCUAAAUUGCCAAGGAUGCAUGGACUAGGCUAUGUUGAUUUCCUUUUAAACAAACUGAAGGAGUUCCAACGCCGCCAUUCAGAUUCACUAGCUUCUUUCACGAACCAACUUCAAAUAAUUCAGAAGGAACUUGAGGGCUUGCAACCUUUUCUAAAUGCUGUUGCAAAAGAGCGAAACAAUGUCCUCAACAAAAUUCAACAUUGUGCGACACAAUUGAUUGACAAAGCAGAUGAGGUAGAAUACAUAGUUGAUGCUUGUAUAAGCAAAGAAGCUCCUAUCUGGUGCCUCGAGCGUUGGCUCUUGGAUAUCAUGGAGGAGAUUACUCUUAUCAGAGCAGAGGUAGCAGAGAUUCAAGGAAAAAAGAUAGUUGAGGAAGCAAUGAACAAUACUGGCAAAAGUCAAACACCAUCAAGUUUAGCAAGGUCUACAAUCAUGAAUGAUGAAGUUGUGGGAUUUGAGGAUGUCAGAGAAAAAUUAAGAGACCAACUAAUAAGAGGAACCAAAGGGCGAGAUGUUAUCUCGAUAACCGGCAUGCCGGGUCUAGGCAAGACGACUCUAGCCUGCAGACUCUACUCUGACAAGUUAGUUGUUUCUCACUUUGACAUUCGUGCACAAUGUUGUGUGUCUCAAGUAUAUUCACGUAAGAACUUGUUACUGGAGAUUCUACAUGAUGUUACCGGUAAAGACUUUGAAUGUGGAGGAAAACGUGUUGAUCAAUUAGCUGAUU